AUGUCCCAACAUAGGAGCACUUUCCCCACCGCCGGGUGUGUGACGGUAGACCGGCCGACCAUGGACUCGAGGCCUGCCCGGAGAAGGCGACCCGAAGCCGGGCAACAUCUGCUGCUGGCAGCCGCUCUCCUCGUCUGCAGCUCCCAGCUAUUACUGGUGGAUGCCAACUCGUGGUGGUCGUUGGCUCUGACCCCAAUCGAGCGGCCUGAGAUGUACAUCAUAGGAGCCCAGCCCCUCUGCAGUCAGCUAUCCGGCCUCUCUCAGGGCCAGAAAAAGCUGUGCCAACUGUACCAGGACCACAUGGUCUACAUCGAGGACGGAGGCAAAACAGGCAUCAAGGAGUGCCAGUACCAGUUCAGACAAAGGAGAUGGAACUGCAGCACCGUGGACGACACAUCUGUGUUUGGGAGGGUCAUGCAGAUUGGCUCCCGGGAGAUGGCCUUCGCCUACGCCAUCAGCGCCGCAGGUGUGGUCAACGCCAUCAGCCGGGCGUGCCGCGAGGGCGAGCUUUCCACGUGCGGGUGCAGCCGCGCCGCCAGACCCCGCGACCUCCCCCGCGACUGGCUGUGGGGCGGCUGCGGCGACAAUGUGAACUACGGGUAUCGGUUCGCCCGGGAGUUCGUGGAUGCCAGGGAGCGAGAGAAGAACCACCUGCGGGGCUCCCCUGACCACGCCCGGACGCUCAUGAACCUGCAGAACAACGAGGCAGGCAGACAGGCGGUGUAUAACCUCGCCAACGUGGCCUGUAAGUGCCACGGAGUCUCGGGCUCGUGUAGUCUGAAGACAUGCUGGCUCCAGCUGGCCGACUUCAGACGCGUCGGAGAGUUCCUGAAAGAGAAAUACGACAGCGCGGCAGCCAUGCGCGUUGGACGCAAGGGCAAGCUGGAGCAGGUUGACAAGCGUUUCAACGCCCCCACCCCCGAGGACCUAGUCUACAUCGACCCCAGCCCGGACUACUGCCUCCGCAACAGUACCACGGGCUCCCUGGGCACGCAAGGCCGCCUCUGCAACAAGACGUCGGAGGGCAUGGACGGAUGCGAGCUCAUGUGCUGCGGGCGGGGCUACGACCAGUUCAAGACCUACAAACACGAGCGCUGCCACUGCAAGUUCCACUGGUGCUGCUACGUCAAGUGCAAACGCUGCACGACGCUCGUGGACCAGUUUGUGUGUAAAUAG